CUCUCUGUUCUUCUACUUUUUCUUUGUUCUUAGUUUCCCAUCAUUGUAUGGAAUCUCGCCUUGUUUCGUUUAAUUGCUCGCUCAACUUAUUGCGCUGUGGAAGUGGUUGCUUUGUUCCAUCUUUUUGCGUGGUUUCGGAUCAGAGAGUUUGAUGAGCUAUAAAUUAUCUUCUUGGGUAGGAAUCUUUUGGUUGUAAUGUGUUAAAUUCAGAUCGUAUUAUUUGUAUACUAUUCGUCAGCUAUAUCAGGGGAGCAUGAUUUUUUCUUAUCCUCAGUUGUCUACUACAAAGUAGUGAAGUUGUCUAAUUUUGAUUGAGUGACACGGGGGGGAAUCAUGUCUGAAUUGGCUGAUUUUUGGAUUUACCGAAGUGGAACGUCUGAGUAAUCCAGGAGCAUAACUAGAUUGCUUGAAUAUAUGUACUCCACCACUGAUAAGAUGGGAAAGGAAAAUAUGCUGCAGAGAGUAGAUGACCAUGCUGAAGCAAAUGGUUGUUCGACUAUAGAGAAUGAAGAUUUGGGUUCUCAAUCUCGUCAUAGCGUAGGCAAGGAUUCUGGACUGCCAAGUUGUCGUGUGUGUCAAUGUACUGAAUCUGACAGAAGGGGUGAUGCUGUUUUAGGAUUUCUGGGCAUCACUCCACCAUUAUCGCAAGCAAGAAAAAAUGAUGGGGAUUUUAAGCCAGAGAAGCAAAACCUAGAAAAUGUUGAUGGCAGCCCUGUGCUGAACAAAAAUGUUAAAGGGGAUUCUGGUUCAAUUGAGUUCAUUGGCCCUAAUGGGGAGGUUUUCAUUUGCAGAGCUGAUAUCGAAACGGGUUCAUGUAAUAAUGAAGAUUCAUUGGUGGAGCUUGGGUGUUCUUGCAAGAGUGACCUUGCUCUUGUACAUUAUGCAUGUGCUCUCAAGUGGUUUGUCAGCCAUGGAUCUACAGUUUGUGAAAUCUGUGGAUGUAUUGCAGAAAAUAUUAGAACUGAUGACUUUAGAAAGGUUGUGAGUUCUUUGAAGGAAUAUGAAGCUUUAAGGGAAAGAAUUGCUACUGGGGAACCUAAUCCUAUGCAGACUCAUACUAGUACUGAUAUAGAUCCUGAUGCUAUUGCUGCUGUCCGCAGGCAGCGGCUUAGUGAAAUCUCAUUGUGGUUUAGUCCUCAUAACUAUAAUAGCAACAAUAAUUCUACUGCAGCCUCCCAGGUUGUUUCUGAACAUCUGAAUACCAUCUCAGAAAAUGUUGUCCCUUCCGAAAAUCCUGCAACCAGGUGGGCUGUUGAGGCUACUGGAAUUCUCCUUGCUACAGGAUUGCUUACUGUUACGCUUGCUUGGCUAAUAGCUCCUCGCGUAGGGAAGAAAACCGCGAGUAGUGGCCUUCAUAUUCUCCUUGGAGGUGUUUGUGCAUUAACAGUAGUGGUUUUCUUCCGUUAUUUUGUGCUCACUAGGAUAAAAUACGGACCUGCACGAUACUGGGCUAUUUUGUUCGUCUUUUGGUUCCUGGUGUUUGGCAUUUGGGCAUCGAGAACACAUGGUGCUCACACGACAUAACUCGGUACAUUAUGUAGAUUCUCUUUGGUUUUUCUUCUAUUUUCCCCAUCAAGGCGAUUUUGCAAAUAGAAGUGUUCAAUACAUUUAUAAGGUACUAAUAUCAUGAAAUAUAUCCUGUAGGGUUUUGAUUUUAUGUUAUAUUUUAGGUUGUAUGAGUGUAAAUUUGACAUUGGGUUGGUAUUUAAGUAUCCGACAGGAUACAUAAUACCCUUUAGCUGUGUUUCCUUGACAUUGGAGCCGAUAAUUUUUCAUUUGUUUAAAGGAUCUUCAAUUCUUUUAAAAAUAUUGGUAAAUAUUCUCAUUUUUUCUAGUGUUUCAGAAGAUACUUUGGUAUGUAUAAUAAAAAAACAGAUGCUAGUGGCCUACGUCUAAAAAUAAAAAGGUUCAUGGUCUAGUUAGAGGUUUUGAGAUACUCUGAACAUUUGUUUUCGAUCAUUUUUUUCUUCUCUGCAAUGAAAUUUCUCGCACUAUUUCUUCUGAA